UCAUUAGAAGCAUAUAGCAUCGAUUAACAUCCACGUACUCACAGUAGGUCUAUCUUUAAUGGUUUAUAAGUUCAAAAUCAGUUCUCCUAUGGAGAAAAUGAAUGCGGUGUUUGUUUCCGGGACUCAAGAAUUGAGUGUGUGAUCUCCCUCUUUGUUAGUAAUCUCUAGUGGAGUAUUUUCCGUGAUAUUGCAAAUCAGAAAUAGCCGCUAGAUUUCAGCAUGAGAACGUAAACACCCUGCAGUAUCAGUAAUGGGCUUCAUUUCGCAAACAUUUCAUUCAUAGCGCGUGCGUUUGAGAUAUGCACAGCUGUAAACAAAUGCAGAAAGGGGAGGUCAACACUGCAAUUCAACACCAGCGACCGCUGGAAAAACAUGAGACCCUCUGACCUCACAAAAAGCAACAAAAGACCCGCAACAAACGCGUUUGCAAUGUGCAAAACAAUAGAGGGCCGACUGAACGAGAUGAGCUAACACAAAACAGCCCCUUCAUAUGAGUGCAUGCGCACCGCCGAGUGACCACGACAGAUUCGGACGGGGUUAAGGAGGUUUAUCAUGACUCUACUACCGAGGAUCGUAAAAUGGGUCGAGAGAAACACUUCCUCGAUGUGCUUUCACUAUCGGUGCAGCGCGAGCAUGAGCACGGGUAAUAAACGGAGACUGCGGGUCCUGGUGGACAUGGACGGGGUGAUCGCCGACUUCGAGGGAGGAUUUUUAAAGAAGUACAAGCAGAAGUUUCCCACCGAGCCAUUUAUAUCUUUAGCGGACAGAAGAGGAUUCUGGGUGUCCACACAGUAUGGAGACAUGAGGAGUGACCUGUGUGAAAAGGCCAUCAGCAUUUGGGAGUCCAAAAACUUCUUCAUAGAGCUGGAUCCUCUUCCUGGAGGAGUGGAGGCGGUGAAGGAGAUGUCCAAGAUGGAGAAUACAGAUGUCUUCAUUUGCACCAGUCCAAUAAAACAUUACAGCUACUGUCCAUAUGAGAAGUAUGCCUGGGUAGAGAAACAUCUGGGCCCCGAGUUCCUGGAGCAGAUCAUCUUGACCAGAGACAAGACUAUAGUGACCGGAGACCUCCUCAUCGAUGACAAACCUGAUAUCCUGGGUGUGGAGCCCAAUCCGUCCUGGGAGCACAUCCUUUUCACCGCCUGCCACAACAAGCACCUGCCGCCAUGUCCAUCCCAGAGACGCCUUCAGUCCUGGGCCGACGACUGGAGGGGAGUGCUAGAGAGCAAACGCCAGUAAAAAACAUCCCAUCGUGCUCGUAAUGCCAGAGAUGACAAGCUGAUUUGUGCUUGGAUGGGUAAACAAAUCCUGUAUCAGCCCUCAUAUUCAUUAUUACUCUGUAAAAACGUUUAAUUAUUGACAGGGGUGCAAAAAACAUGAGUGUUUUUAUACAUACUGCAAAUGCAAAACGGAUUCAGUCUUUCAUGUGAGACUUUUAGCAUUGUUUUAUUGUUUAUUGUGCUUUUAUUGAGGGCUUGAAAUCCAUCGUUUACAUCAAGCAUAAACUGCCUUCAACCUCAGACUCGAAUGGGAUCUUUCUAGAAACAAUUUAAAUGUUAUUUGCGCACAUAUGCACAUGCAAACUUAAGCAUGCAGCUGUCAAACUCACUGAGAUUUUCCACUGGUUUUCUCAUUCUAGAGGGAGUACAGCAACAUAUUUAAUUUAUGAUGAUAGUUUUUUAAUUUAGGGAGAACACAAUGCGUGGGAGUUUGUUUAUCGUUUCAUGUCGUAGAAUAAGGCUGUUGUGAGAGUCACUAGCAGACGGGAUCUGGCCGUAAAAACAAAACCAGAUUUCUGUAUGUUGAGCUCAUGUACUGUGAUGGCGUGUUUUUUGGACAUGUACCACUAUGGACACUAGAGGAUGCUGUGAGCACAUGUAAUUAUUAGUUGUUUUUUAAUCAGGGCAUCAUUUCGAUUCGUACUUUAUUAUUAGUUUGGAAUGAAUCUUUUAAUAAACUUUUUUUUAUGCAUUAAGGACAGGUGUUUUGGUUUAUGGCUUUGGAAAGUGCAUAACCUUUUGUUGUGUCUAAUUGAUAAACAAACAUAAACUACUGGUUGUAGUAUAUAUUUUUGAAAUACACGACCAGUCAAAAGUUUUUUUAGAUUUUAAAUAUUUUUGAAAGAAGUCUCUUCUGCUCACCAAGCCUGCAUUUAUUUGAUCCAAAGUACAGCAAAAACAGUACAAAUUUGAAAUAUUUUUAUUAUUUAAAAUAACUGCUUUCUAUUUGAAUAUAUUUUAAAAUGUAAUUUAUUUCUGUGAUUUCAAAGGUGAAUUUUUAGCAUCAUUACUCCAGUCACAUGAUCCUUCAGAAAUCAUUCUAAUAUUCUGAUUUGCUGCUCAAAAAACAUUUAUUAUGUUAAAAACAGCUUUUCAGGUUUUCAAUUUUUUUCAAUUUUUUCAGGUUUCUUUGAUGAAUAGAAAUUUCAGAAGAACAGCAUUUAUCUGAAAUAGAAAUCUUUUGUAACAUUAUAAAUGUCUUUAUCAUCACUUUUAAUCAGUUUAAAGCAUCCUUGCUAAAGAAAAGUUUUAAUUAAAUAAUUUCUUUAAAAAAAAAAAAAAAAUUAUACUGACUCCAAGCUUUUGAAUGGUAUAGUGUAUAAUGUUACAAAAGCUUUUUAUUUUAGAUAAAUCCUGAUCUUUGGAUCUUUCUGUUCAUCAAAAAAUCCUGAAAAAAUCUACAUAACUAUAAUGAUAAUAAUAAAUGUUUCUUGAGCAGCAAAUCAGCAUAUUAGAAUGAUUUCUGAAAGAUCAUGUGAUACUAAAGACUGGAGUAAUGAUGCUGAAAAUUUAGCUUGGAAAUCACAGGAAUAAAUUACAUUUUAAAAUAUAUUCAAAUAGAAAGCAGUUAUUUUAAAUAAUGAAAAUAUUUCCAAAUUUUCACUCUACUUUGGAUCAAAUAAAUGCAGGCUUGGUGAGCAGUAGAGAAAAAACAUCUGUUCUUUAAAAGUCUUACUGUUCAAAAACUUUUGACUGGUUGUGUGCAUUCAAUAAAGCAUGCAUUAAAUUAAUCAAAAGUGACAGUAAAGACAUUUAUGAUGUUACAAAAGAUUUCUAUAUUAAAUAAAUACUGUUCUUUUGAACUUUCCAUUCAUCAGACAAUCCUGAAAAAUAAAACGAUCACAGUUUUCACGAAAAUAUGAAUCAGUAGAACUGUUUUUAUCAUUGAUAAUAAUCAGAAAUGUUUCUUAAAAAGCAAAUUGGCAUAUUAAAAUGCCUUCUGAAGGAUCAUGUGACACUGAAGACUGGAGUAAUGAUGCUGAAAAUCAGCUUUGAUCACAGAAAUAAAUUACAUUUUACUAUAUAUUCACACAGAAAACAUAUGUUUUAAAUUGUAAUAAUAUUUCACUUUUUUUUAAAUGUUUUUGAUCAAAUUAUUGCAGCCUUGGUGAACAGAAGAGACUUAAAAAAAAAAAUGAAGAAAUUCAGAAAUCAUUCUAAUAUGCUGAUAUGCUACUCAAAAAAAAUCUGAUUAUUUUCAAUGUUGAAAACAGACAUGCUGCCCAAUAUUUUUGUGGAAACUGGUACAUUUUAUUUGUCAGGAUUCACAGAUGAAUAGAAAGUUCAAAGGAACAGAAUUAUUUUAUUAACUUUAUAAAUGUCUUUGCUUUUGAUCAAUGUAAUGCAUUCUUGCUAAGGAAAAGUAUUACUUUCUUUCAAAUUAAUAAAUAAAUAUUACCGACCCCAAAGUUUUUAAUAAUCUAGUGCAAUUGAAAGUUCAUUACUGUAGACUUAAAUGCUUUUGUCUCAUGCAUGAGUUUUGAAACGCUGCUUACUGACUCAAUCACAAUAACUUUGUAAGGUUUUAAAACAGGGUUUAUCAUCCAUUUAUAAGAACAAACAAACAAAAUGUAAUCUUACAGAUGACAUUUACAAGCACUACAAGAAAAGCUGAUGAAAGGAUGUUUAAAGUUCAUUGGUCUUGAUAAUCACAGACAUCUCGUCUCUCGAGACGUAAAGCUCAAUCACUGAGAUAAUGAUGUGAUUCAUGCAUUUCAUCAUGAGAGUCAACAAGAGAUCAUGAGAUUGGCAAAUACGACGUAACAGAUUUGUAAAAAAGGUUAGGGGGAAAAACGCUGUUUGCAGUUGGUUAUCAUUUUUUUAUAAGCUCAUCUUAUCAGAGGUGUAGGAUACGGAGAUCAGGAAUGGCAGCAAAGUGUAACUAAUUUGACAGGGAUGUGGUCAAAACGUGCAAAAUGUCUGUUAAACUGAAAUAAAAAGUUCUUAAAUCUAAAAUAUGCAUGCUAAAAACAAACUUAAUCUCUAGUACUUUCAUUAGUCCGAACAAGCUGUAAAUGAUGGUUUAAACAGUCUGAAAGGAGUUGCACUGAGUUAAAUUUAAAUAAAUAAUUCACCAAAAAUUUCUGAAAAUGUGCCAAGAUGUGGAAGAGUUUGUUUCUUCAUCAGAUUUGGAGAAAUGCAACAUUGCAUCACUUGCUCACCAAUGGAUCCUCUGCAGUGAAUGGGUGCCGUCAGAAUGAGAGUCCAAACAGCUGAUAAAAACAUCACAAUGGAAACACAUCCAUCAAGACGUUUUUAACUAAAAUACGAGUUCACAUUCCAUUAAAAAGCUUCCUCCAGUGAAAAAGUCCAUCUUCUGUUGUCUCUCACGUCAAUCAUAUUUGUUUAGAGCUGUUUUGGCUUGUAAACAGUGCUUCCUCUGUGCAGAUUUUUUCUCCUGAUUCAAACCAGGUGGCUUUUUCACUGAAAAGCGUUAUUAUGGAUUACGGACUCGAAUUGUAGUUAAAAAUGUCUUCAUAAUGGAUUUGUUUCUUACAGACAUUCAGCUUUUGUCUUUUCAAGAUGGACUGGAGUGGUGUGAAUUACUUAUGGAUUAUUGUGAUGUUUUUACCAGCUGUUUGGACUCUCAUUUGGACGGCACCCAUUCACUACAAAGCAUUGGUGAGCAAGUGAUGCAAUGUUGCAUUUCUCCAAAUCUGAUGAAGAAACAAACUCAUCUACAUCUCGGGUGGCCUGAGGGUGAACACAUUUUCAGCACAUUUUCUUUUUUUGAGUGAGCUAUUCCUUUAAAGGCGUUGCGUUGACAUGAUCUUAUGCACAUGUCCAGGAGUUGAUCAUCUCAUCCUGAAGGCUGAACUAUUAAACAGGAAACAUUUUUUUGUUUGCAGCACAUUAGUGCUGUAUUUCUCAGCUGAAGAUCAGACACACAAUUUUCUGCGCUUGCUUUUGUUCUUUAAAAUCUCUAAAUAGAGAUUUGUUGUGCUUUGUGCUAUGAAGUAAUUUGUCAGUUUUCUUUUAGAUGUGAAGUUAAAACAUGAAUAUUAACUAGUUCACUCAGUGUCUUUGGCAUUAAAGCACACAAAUGUGCUGAAAUUAAAUAGCCAUGAACACAAAAGCCGUUGCCAAAGUUUUGUGUUUUCAUUGUUAUCAACAGUAUUUCUUUAGUUUUUUAGUUUAGAGGUCAUCUGUUUAAUAGAUUUAAUAGACUACAUUUAUUAGCUUUGUGUUUGAAUUAAUCAUUUUACUUUUUUAAAAAUAAUUUUACCUUUAUGUAAUGAGUUUUAACAGUUAUUGAUAGUUUUAAAGACUCUUGUCCUGCGGGAAUAAUGUAGUGGUUUAUUAUAGAAUUAUUAAAGGGCAAAAAACAGUUCAAACCUGUUUGAAAUGUUAAAAACGUUGAAGAAACUGAAAUUGAUUGAAGCAUGCAUAAUUAAGAAGAUUAUGUAAAUGUUCCAGCAGUGGUAUUGACAAAAAAUACUGCAGGGCUUUUCACAUCAAACUACUUUAUGCAAGGAACAAAGUCUAUUUUUGGGGAAAAUACAUAUAAAAAAAAAUUCUAAUGAAACGAAACAAAAUAUGUGUAUAUCAUAGAUGAUCAAAAUGUUUGUGAACACUCAAAAGUCCUCAUUUCCUGAAUGCUCAUAA